UAUAAGAGCAAGAGAGGAGGCACAAUGGACCACUCACUCUGCAGGCAGCAUCCAGCGUGGUCCAGCAACAGGCAGCAUCGACUGCACUCCCUUCGUUACCACACACUCACCCAGAGUCCAAGAAUGGUCCGCGGCAGUGUAGCCCUCCUGCUGGUGGUACUGGUGGCCUCCUCCUGCGUCUCCGCCCAGCUCAACUUCUCCCCAGGCUGGGGCAAACGGACCGGUACCGCGGCUGGGGGACCUGACCAGACCAUCCUCCACUCAUCCUCUCCCGCAGCCGUAGCCAGCGACAACUGCGGCACAAUCCCCGUCUCAGCCGUCAUGCACAUCUACAGGCUUAUUAGGACUGAAGCAGCGAGACUUGUACAGUGUCAGGAAGAAGAAUACAUGGGUUAAAUGCGACACCCACCACCACUACCACUACCAGCAACCACCAUCACCACCACUACCACUACCAGCAACCACUCUCGUCUUAGCUACCAGCUGUGACAGUCACACUGCUGUGUUAGUUCCCCAGGUCUUCCCCUGAACCACAAGAGAUGUCUCCCAUCGUCUUCCUCUCCCCUUCUGGCCCAGUGGUGGGCUGGGUUUAGCCUCUCCUGAAAUUCAUAUAUUUUUCUCGUCUUUCGGAAACUCGUGGGGUGGACAACCUGGAAUCAGAAGUGUUUGCAAUUGAAUAAACUAGUCCAUGUGGC